AUGAGUGACAACGCUGAGUACAAAGAAGCGUUCGCGCUCUUCGACAAGAAGGGCACAGGUGCAGUGCAGCGGGAGGUACUCGGCGACCUGCUGCGUGCCUUAGGGCAGAAUCCCACGCAGGCGGAGGUCGCAGAGAUCAUUGCAAGCGCACCUCGGGAUGUGGACUACAAGGCGUUCUUGACGAUUCUGAACCGGCCAGACGGGUUCAAGCCCGCAGGCACACCUGACGAGUUUGUCCGUGGUUUCCACGUGUUCGACAAAGAGGGCAAUGGGUACAUCGGUGCGGGGGAGCUGCGGUACGUACUCACGCAACUGGGCGAGAAGAUGACGGACGAGGAGGUGGACGAGCUGCUCAAGGGUGUCCCAAUAGGCGCCGAUGGGAACGUUAACUACGAAUCCUUCGUGCGCACUAUUCUGAGCCAGUAG